CACGUCGCCGCUAGGUUUGCUGCGCAGUGUUCGGUAGCGAUCGUCAGAGCAACAAGACAACAUCAGGUGCUGAUAAAAAAACAAAACAACAAAUAGCGCGACCUGUUUUAUAGACAUCGCAGGGAGAGGUUAGAUUCGACACGAAAACCCAAUCAGCCGUGCCAAAACGAUCAACACCAUGAACCCUGUCUACAGCCCUGCACCAACAGGGGUUCCUUAUGCCAACCCUAAAGGAAUAGGAUACCCAGCUGGAUUUCCAGUUGGCUAUGCAGCAGCAGCCCCUGCAUAUUCCCCCAGCGUAUACUCUGGAGCAAACCCAGCAUUUCCUACAGUAAAUUCUUACCACCUUCUAGGUUAUGCCCAAGGGACACCAUUCAAAAUGUCCUGCUCGCCAACAACAGGUGCUGUGCCCCCAUACUCCUCUUCCCCCAACCCAUACCCUGCUGCUGUGUACCCCAUGAGGAGCUCUUAUCCUCAGCAGAAUCCCUAUGCUCAGCAGCAAGGAACUUACUACACACAGCCCCUAUAUGCUGCUCCGCCUCAUGUCAUUCAUCACACCACAGUGGUUCAACCCAACGGCAUGCCGGCAGCUAUAUAUGCUCCUCCCAUCCCUCCUCCACGCCCUAACGGAGUCGCCAUGGGAAUGGUAGCAGGCACUACUAUGGCAAUGUCAGCGGGGACUUUACUAACAACUCACUCCCCAACUCCUGUAGCUCCCCACCCUGUCACAGUGCCCACAUAUCGACCCCCUGGCACACCCACCUACAGCUAUGUGCCCCCUCAGUGGUGAACAGAUAGCACUGUUAGAAGACGAUAGAUAUGCAUUUGCACAGUCCAGUAUUUUACAGCUAAAGUUGGGGCUGAUGCCACAUGUGUUCCCAGCCAGUCGUUCUUCCUUCUAAGCAUAAUGUGAAUCUGAACCCCGUUGGACGAAGAAAGAAAAUUUUGGAGCGGGAAUGAGAACCUUUCCGUUUCCAAUCACAUUUGUUAGCAUUACUCAUGUUCUCUGGCAUAUCUCACAUCAGAAGACUAGCUCUUCAUGCAGACUUGUGUUUUGUGGACUGUCUUGCAGUUUUUAUAGCAUUUAACUCUUGAAGUGGUUAAAAAAGAGAAGGGUAAUGGAAUUAGUUUGUAUUUGGAAUCCAUAUUGAAGUGAGUGCAUGUAAGUAUUAAAAAUAAUAAUGCUAGCUGAAGCUCCCUGCCAUGAUUGAUGCAAAAUCAUCAAAGGGAUAUAAAAAGCAACAUCCAAAGGGUUAGGGUCAAUGCAGCAACUUCACAUCUCUAAUGCAGUGUCUUUAUUGUUAUUACAUAGAAAAUAUAAAUUAUGUUUUCCAUUUUUUAAAAGAAAGAAACAGUGUUGUAAAAUUCUUACAUUGCUUUGGUUUUAACAUGGGUUUUAAUUUUUGUAAGUGUAACUGAGAUGUCCGUAUUUGGUUAACACACUUUGCUCUUAUGCCACUUUGUAUGUGAAUGUUGGGUUAGGUAUUUUCUAAAAUAA